CUAAGCCUUCUUGCAAGUAAUGUCCCUUUUAUUUUAUAAUAAUUUCAUUCAAAUCAAGUCCCUUUUAGGGUUUGGGUGUUUUGUAACAGGAACAAAGUAAACGACAGAAACUGCCAACGUCGAACUAAGAAGGAAAAAUAAUUAAUAAAUUAGAGAGAAAAUUAGAUGAAUAAAGAGAAGAGGUGGGUUGGGGAUUCUUCCUGGUCAUUUCUUUUGCCGGCCUCAUACAUCUGUCUCUCUCUCUCUCUCUCUCCUCCCUAACUUUUUAGCCUUUUCCUAUUUUCUUUAGUUUAAAAUUUAUUAUUAUUAUUCUCUCUAAUUUGCCACCCCCUUCACCUUAGUCUGCCACUAUAAUCAUCACCUCCUGUACAUUGCUCUUCUACAAUACCCACCUACUGAAAUUAAAAUCUCUCUCCGGCCAGUGUCUCCCUCACUCACAUAUAUAGAUAUAGAUACAAGCAGAAGGUUAUUUAGAGAGAGAGAGAAGCAUAUGGGCUUCUGUUUUUACCAUUCCAGGUGCAUGGUAUGGGGUAACUUGAUGGAUUUGAAGAGAGAUUGGAAAGAGACGUGAUCUGAAUCUGAAUUUGUGCUGCAGAGCUAGCCGCUCAGACAAGCGAUCCAUGGCUAGAUAGCAACUUGGAGAACAACCCAUCAUCAUCCCUUCACGGGAUUAAUUUUUCAGUUGCCAAUUGAGUCCUGCCUCUCUGCGGCCAAAUGUCACUGCCACCUGCUCUUCUCCAGGAACUAAGGCUGUAUUUAGCUGUUUUCACAGAUGCGAUCGAUCGAUUCUCUUCUUCUGGGUUAAUGGUCUUUUAUAAAUUUCUAGUGUUGCUGUGUUCUUGAAAGGUACGAUUAAUUACAAAGUGAUUAAGCAGGGUGACCGAGCUAGCCGAGACUGAUUGGAGCACAAGAUCCAUCAAAAGAAAAGACUAGCUAGUGGGUUUUUGGUUUUGCUUUUAUUUAUUGGAGUUUUCCUAGUUGACAGCUAUGUUUCCUGCAGCCAUGUCCAAUUCCACUUCUUUGUCCGAGGAAGCAGCUAGUACUGUUUCUUCUGGUACUAGACUAGUUCACGACUUGGGUUCCUUAAAUCCCAUGGUCUCCACCAUUUCUCCUCAACAGUCACUGAAGAUCAAGAAGAAGAGAAACCUUCCAGGAAACCCAGAUCCAGAUGCAGAAGUGAUAGCAUUAUCUCCAAACACCUUGUUGGCUACCAAUAGAUUUGUGUGUGAGAUCUGCAACAAGGGAUUUCAGAGAGAUCAGAACCUUCAGCUUCACAGACGAGGCCAUAACCUUCCAUGGAAGUUAAAGCAAAGAAACAGCAAAGAGAACAGAAAGAGAGCCUAUGUUUGCCCUGAGCCUUCCUGUGUUCACCACCAUCCUUCCAGGGCUCUCGGCGAUCUCACCGGAAUCAAGAAACACUUCUGCAGAAAACACGGAGAGAAAAAAUGGAAAUGCGAGAAAUGUUCAAAGAUCUAUGCUGUUCAAUCUGACUGGAAGGCUCACUCCAAAACCUGUGGAACUAGAGAAUAUAGAUGUGACUGUGGAACGCUUUUCUCCAGGAAGGACAGCUUCAUCACCCAUAGAGCAUUUUGUGACGCAUUAGCUGAAGAAAGUGCAAGACUCUCUGCUAGCGCAUUGGCCACAGCCAACCACCCUCUUCACCUCCAUUCUCAAAAUGCACCACCUCCCCCACUCUUCCUUUUCUCAACUCAAACCCACUUCCCAGCCCAACCCACCCAAGCCCCUCUCCCUCCAUGGGUUGACUUAACCCAAAACCCUAGCCCGACUCCAAACCCAAUUAAAAUCAAGCCCGAAACCCACCACCCCCAACUUCCACCGCCCAUGUCUUCCCCAUUUUACCAAGAACCCCCAAAGAUCAGCCUGUUAACUUCAUCUUUCCAUGACCUUCAAGGGAGCACUCAACCCACCUCCCAUGGUGCCCCAUCAGCACACCUCUCAGCCACUGCACUCCUCCAAAAGGCUGCUUCAGUUGGCGCAACCUCCAUUAACAAGGGCCCCACACAGUCUCAAUCGGCAGGGCACAUUACCACCGCUCGACUGAAUGCUGGUGAACUCAAAACGGUGAGUCAUGCAAGCUUUGGAAUCUCGCCAGGGUACCUAGAAAGCCUUGCCACGUGGCAAAAGAAUGAUCGUUUGACUAGGGACUUUCUAGGUCUAACAGGGGAUAACUGUUGCAGUGGCAAUGGCGAUGGUGAUGAUGUUAAUGUUAGCAUGAACGUAAGGGAUCUGCUAACGUUCACAGGGGACGUAGAGUUUCAAGAGUAUGAGCGUGACAUGUCCCUGUUGAAGCCCCAAAGCUUUAGUGUUGCUGAUCAGCGUGCCUCAAAAACCUGGGAUGACCGUUGAAUCGUUAAAUUAAGAGGUCAAAAACCAAUGGGUAGGGACAAAUUAGUAAAUAAGAAGCCUAAUAAAUACUAAGAUGACAAAGAUGUCCCCUCCCCAUGCCUAUGAGAGAUGGUGUACCUAUUGAGAUCUAUGUCCUUUAUUAAAAUACAUUCUUUGGCCCUUGGUUUUCCUGUAGUUUUUGACGAGUGCUCGUAGCUUGCAAAAUUCCAUCUUUUCUUUUCCUUUCUUGGUAAUACAUUUUUUAAUAUUUUUCACCAAUAGUGGUUUGUUGUGGAAAA